AUGCCACCAGCAGACAAGCCUAUGUUUCCUGUACUACCUGGAGAUCCUUAUUUCCCCGACUAUUCAUCCAUGUACCAACCCAUUUCUCCAGCUGAACAUGCACCGAUGCAAUCUGAUGAGUUUAAGCCUAAAGAAGAUCCAGAGGAGGAUCCGGAAGAGGAUCCGGAAGAUGAGAUGGAGGAGGAACCUGAGGAUGAUUUCGAAGAUGAUCUGGAUGAAGAUGAGAUGAUAAUGAUAACUGAUUCAGAGUCCUCCGCCUCAAUUCCACCUACUUCCAACCGCUCUUUCCUUGGAUUUUCACUCCGCCGUUCUGGAAAAACUUUAAGGAUUUUAGUCCCAAAACCCAUUACUAUAAAGUAUAACUUGAGGUCCCCUCGCACUAGAAAGGGGAUGGAACCACCUGUUUUGGAAAGCAAUCGUGGGAACCAGAGGACGACUGAGAAGCGAACUGUAGGAACUUUUGAAGAAGGACACGCAUCAGGGGCUGCACCUACAUCUGACAUGGACAUUGACAAAUUAUCCUUCCUACUUGAGCAGAACGUCUGA